GCCGAUUGUGUGCAUUACAAGUAUAUAAUACAGGCCGCGGUCUUCGUCGUCGGUCGGGCGUUGCAGUCGCGAUUCGCCGUCCGUGUAUUGUUAUAUGUGCGGUAUUAUCGAUUUCUGCGGUGAUACGUAUAAUAUUAUAUCGUUUCCGUCCGAAUUCGUAUAUUUUUUGAAAAAAAACAAAAAAAAAAAAAAAAGAAGAAGAAGAUAUACCGACGACGACGCGUCCGAGUGAUACACCGAUAUCGCGAUCCGCUAUAAUAUUAAUAUCGUUAUACCGUAAUCGUUGUUGACGUAUCGCCGUCGUAAAAUAUGUGUUCGCUCGGCGACCGGCCGUACUGCUCGAAUAACGUGUCCAUUUCGCCGUCUGUCGUGUUAUAUACGUGAUAUUUACGUGUAUAUUAUAAUAAAUAUAUAUAUAUAUAUAUAUAAUAAUUUGUGUGCGCGACGUGCACGCCGCGCGGGAGGACUGCUGCAAAUAAUCGAACAGAAUGAUCGAGAAGACUGCGGACGACCCGGCAGUCGAAGACACGGCUUGCGGGAUAUGGUUGUUCAAGCCCAAGUGGCUUCAGAUAUUUGCGAGCAAAAAGGUAUAUGUCAUCGUGUAUGGGCUGUUGGGGCUCAACCAAUUCAUGUUGUCCUCGUACUUCAACGGUACGCUGACUACUAUGGAGAAGAGAUUUAAAUUCUCCAGUCAGAUGAGUGGUAUUAUUUCGAGCACUUGGGAUUUUUUUUCGCUCAUAUCAUUCAUGGUGACGUCUCACAUGGCCGGUAAAGGACAUAGAACGCGUUGGUUGGCCAUCGGUUCUUUCUUCGUCGGUCUUUCCUGUUUUGUUCGUCUCCUGCCACACAUUAUUUACGGGCCAGGCGAAGAAAUCCUUCAGUACACUGUCGAAUACGGUAGCAACGUGAACUCGAAUUCUCUGCUUAGUAAUAUAUCGCGACAAAACGAGAAAAUCUGUGACGGACAACCAUUGUACGAAGACUGCGAUAACGAACAGCUUUGGAACGUGGCUGCUUUCUUGCUGUGCGCCGCGCACGCGAUGUUAGGAUUGGGUGGUUCGUUAUACUGGACUUGUGGAGCGGCGUACUUGGACGACAACGUUCGAAAGAAUGCGGUACCCAUGCUUUUAGCGAUCGUCCAGUGCAUACGAAUGUCGGGUCCCAUGUUGGGAUACAUGCUGUCGGCGUACGCGCUGACUAAUUUCAUCGAACCUCAUCUGACGCCGACCAUAACCAACGAAGAUCCAAGGUGGGUCGGCGCUUGGUGGAUGGGAUGGACGCCCAUUGGUAUUUCAUGCAUAGGUUUUUCGAUAAUGAUGAUGUUUUUUCCGAGAGUUCUUCCGAGAGCGGCGGCCCGCAAGGUAAAACAGCUAGAAGAAAAAACAGAACACAUUUCGACCGAUUUCAAAACGUCUUUGAAACGGAUUUUGACAAACAAAAUACUGGUGUUUAAUUCGGCGAGCAAUUCAUUCUUCGUGUUGGGCCUGAUUGGAUACUGGACGUUCAUGCCUAAGUACAUGGAGACCCAAUUCAGACAGACGGCCUCGAAUUCAAAUUUUGCAUCGGGCGCCAUAGGCAUUUUGAGUUCGGGUUUGGGCAUUGUGACUUCCGGAUUGGUCAUAUCGAAAUUCAAACCGUCACCGAGGUCGCUGGCCAUGUGGAACUUCAUUACGGAGGCUUUGGAAGUGGUCGGUCACUUCGCAUACAUAUUUCUCGGGUGCGCGGCGGAAGACUUGCACGGCCAGUGGAAUGCGGACAAAACAUGGAACUUGACGAUGGACUGCAACGUGGGCUGUAAUUGCGGAAAAUCGAUGAGUUACAAUCCCGUCUGUUCGUACGAUGGAUCAACCACAUUUUAUUCGCCGUGCUACGCGGGAUGUACUUUGGAGACGAUCAUCGACGGCGGAAUGAAGGCUUACAGCAACUGCACCUGUAUAGGUGGCUCGGGCACAGCCACUGAGGGAGUGUGUCCGGUCGAUUGCGGUCACGACUUCAUCAUAUUUCUUGCUUUGAUGGGCGUAAUGCGGUUCUUGUCGUCUACCGGUCGUUCCGGCAACACCAUAAUUCAGUUCAGGUGUGUAAAACAAGAAGAUAAGUCACUAUCGCUGGGUUUUUCUGAAGUGGUAAUGGCCCUGGUGGCGUUCAUGCCCGGUCCUAUAUUGUACGGCACGAUUGUCGACGCCACAUGCAUGGUAUGGGGUGGUAAAUGCGGUACCGACGGUAACUGUUGGCUAUACGACGGUAUGCGGCUGAAGUACUACUUGAACUUUACCGGAGCUAGUUUUCUGUUGAUCGGAACGAUACUGGACAUUGGUGUUUGGUAUCAUGUCAAGGACCUGAAGAUCUAUGACGUCAGUGGUGACGAAAAAAACACGCUAAAAACAAUAGCGACAUAAAAAGGUCGACAAAUCAAAAAAAAAAAAAAGAACGCCGUUGAUGUGUUAAACAAGAGCUAAUAUGUUGUCAUAAACUAAUUAUCAAUACACUGUACAUUUAUUACUA